GAGAGAGAGGGAGAGAGAGAGAGAGAGAGGGAGAGAGAGAGAGAGGGAGAGAGAGAGAGAGAGGGGGAUAAUGGCGGAGCGCUGGAGGAGCUGAACAGCAGGAUGAAGUGUUUAUUGUCGGAGCUGCUGCUUUUCUGCGCUUUUACUCUCAGUGCCGGUUCUCCCCUGCUGCUCUUUGCUAAUCGGCGUGAUGUGCGCUUGGUGGACGCCGAGUCGGUGCGCGCGGACUCGGCCGUGUUGGUCAGUGAUCUGGAGGACGCGGCCGCCGUCGACUUCCUGUUCUCCGAGAGUCUCGUGUUCUGGACCGACGUCAGCGAGGAGGCCAUCAAACAGACGUUCUACAACCAGAGCAGCAACGCGGUGAAAGAAGCGGUGCUGGGUUCCGGUCAGAAGGUGGUGGUUUCGGGUCUGGACUCUCCCGACGGUCUGGCGUGCGAUUGGCUCGGACGGAAACUCUACUGGACCGACUCGGAGACGAACCGCAUCGAGGUGGCAAACCUGGACGGAACGUCACGCAAAGUUCUGUUCUGGCAGGAUCUGGAUCAGCCUCGGGCCAUAGCACUCAACCCAGCACAGAGGUACAUGUACUGGACGGACUGGGGGGAGGAGCCGAGGAUCGAGCGCUCGGGGAUGGACGGCAGCAGCAGGAAGGUGAUUAUAGAGGAGGAUAUUUAUUGGCCCAACGGUUUGACCAUCGAUCUGGACGAGCAGAAACUGUACUGGGCCGACGCCAAGCUCAGCUUCAUCCACAGAGCCAACCUGGACGGCACCGCACGAGAGACGGUGGUGGAAGGGACGCUCACACACCCGUUCGCUCUCACACUCUUCGACGAGACGCUGUACUGGACAGACUGGCAAACUCGCUCGAUUCACGCCUGCAACAAACACACGGGCAACAACCGGAGAGAAAUCCUCAAUGGCAUCUACUCACCCAUGGACAUCCAGGUGCUGGGAGAGAAGAGACAGCCUUACAUCCACACGCCCUGCAGUGAUGGAAAUGGAGGAUGUUCUCACCUGUGUCUGCUUUCACCCUCGCCGCCAUUUUACAGCUGCUCCUGUCCGACCGGCGUCAAACUGCGCGAGGACGGCAAAACCUGCAGACCAGAAGUCAGUUACUCAACACAAAUACCUGACCUGAUGUAAAUAAAACUAGCCUGCUAAUCUAAAGUAGCUAGCUGAAGUUUGUAAAGAAAUUCAGAUAGUUAUUGUUCACGUAGCACUAAAUAAUUAAUAAUUUUACACAUUUUGUAUUGUAGACAUGUUUAAGAGCCGUGUGGUGAAAUUCAGCAAAUGGAUUCUGAAAAGCUAAUAUUUCACCGUGUCGUAAUCAGUCACGCGCUAGCGGCGUAAGCGUCAGAAACUAUCUCUCUCUUUGUUAUUAUUAAACACGAAGCCGUGAAUUCUUUUACAUUCCAUUUGAAAUCGAGCGUAAAUAACCGUGUCACUGCUCGCGAGGAGCGUUGGCGUGCGUUAGCGAGCGUUAGCAUGCGGCCGUGACAGAAGCUUAAUCUUUGACAGAUGUCUUCUUUGUGGUUUUUGGACUCGGGAUGCUUGAUUUAACCCAAACGUCCUCUCUGAAAAUUUAAAUGAAAAUAGCGUUGUUGAGUUCAGGCCUGAGCGACUCGAGCGUUCAAGAAUCAGAAUCAGUGCCAAAAGUUUUAUAAAGUCGGAGUGUGUAUUAAAAAAAUAAAUCCAGUUAUAAAACUGGAACUGUGUUAUGAUGUAAAUUGGAGAGGUUCACAUUUAGGCCACGCCUCCUCCCUGAGAAACGGCAUAAAAAAAACGACAAACUUUAGACUUUUUUCAGCUGAAAACGUGAAAAAAUAAUCACGAGCUCCUGUAAAAUGUUCGAAAUGUAAAAGUUUAUAAAUAAAUAACGAAUCGAACACAAAAAACAUUCCUCCUGCUCUCGGGGUUCAGU